AUGUCCUCCAAAUUACUGGCUUAUGUCUUACUUCUGUCUGUCCUUUACACCUGCUCUCUAACAAUCGAGUACGAAGAGGAGGACUACGAGGAUGUCACUGUGAACCAAAUGCUGGCUCCUAAAUCAAAAGAAAGCGACGCCACGGAAAUACUCAACAAUUUACUCAAAGAAUAUGAUAAGAAACUGCGUCCGGAUAUUGGAGUCAAACCAACCGUGAUAGAUGUGGACAUAUAUGUGAACAGCAUCGGGCCGGUGUCGUCGAUAAAUAUGGAAUACCAAAUUGACAUCAUCUUUGCCCAGACGUGGACAGACAGCCGUCUCAGAUACAACAGCACAAUGAAAAAACUGACUUUGAACAGCAAUAUGGUUGGACUUAUUUGGCUCCCAGACACCAUCUUCAGAAACUCCAAGACUGCAGAUUCCCACUGGAUUACAAUGCCUAACCAGCUGCUCAGAAUAUGGAACGACGGCAAGAUACUUUACACCUUAAGACUGACGAUAAACGCAGAGUGCCAGCUGCAGCUGCACAACUUCCCGAUGGACGAACACUCGUGUCCGCUCAUCUUCUCCAGCUAUGGAUACCCACAAGAUGAGAUGAUUUACAAGUGGAGGAAGAACUCUGUGGAGGCGGCUGACCAAAAGUCCUGGCGGCUCUACCAGUUUGAUUUCAUGGGCCUGAGGAACACUACAGACAUAAUCAAGACCACAGCAGGUGAUUAUGUGUUGAUGACCGUGUACUUUGACCUGAGUAGAAGAAUGGGCUACUUCACCAUCCAGACUUACAUCCCCUGCAUCCUCACCGUGGUCCUCUCCUGGGUGUCCUUCUGGAUCAAAAAGGACGCCACGCCAGCCAGAACGGCUUUAGGUAUAACCACAGUGCUGACUAUGACUACCCUCAGCAGUGUGGCCAGGACGUCACUGCCCAGAGUGUCUUACGUCACUGCCAUGGACCUUUUCGUCACUGUCUGCUUCCUGUUUGUCUUUGCCGCUCUGAUGGAGUACGCGACGUUGAAUUUCUAUUCGUACAGCGCUCGAAGACCCAGCUGCAUGGAACGUAAAAGACCGAACUACUCUGUCCUGGAUGUAAGACCUCCGCACACCGUCAUCGCUUUAAACAACUCCCUGUACUGGCAGGACUUUGAGGACGCUUGUGUCUACGAGUGCCUGGACGGAAAAGACUGCCAGAGCUUCUUCUGCUGCUUUGAGGAGUGUAAAGAAGGUGCGUGGCGAAAAGGACGAGUCCACAUAGAUUUACUUGAACUGGACGCGUACUCGCGCGUCUUUUUUCCCACCUCCUUCUUGCUGUUCAACAUCGUCUACUGGGUAGGCUAUCUCUACCUUUAGCACACUGCUUGGUGACAAUAGAAGGACAGCAUAGGAGAAAAUCAAGAAUAAUAACAAGGUAACACCAAAUAAACUUUUUCUGUGCUACCUAGAGAUAAAAGACGGCGUGCGUCUGCAGGCCCGUGCCGAGCAGAGAUUCCUGCCUCUGUGACUUCAGGUAUGCUAAUACAACACGAUACAGUUUCCCAAAAUGCUGUACACAGAGGGAGGAUGGGAUGGACUGUGUGCUAAUUACGAUGUGAAGACAAAGACGGAAAUGUGCUUUGCACUGCUGCCCCAAACUUCUCAAACUUCAGGAGGGUGACUCGUGUUGUAGGGAAUGUACCGGCACGUUAUUAUCCAGCCAUCAGUCAAAUCCAGUUGAUGAAAACCCAAGGACAUUCAAACCAUUCAUAGUGCCUUCCUCUGGAGGGGUAGAUACUAUCUGCUACAAUAAUCAGGGAAUAAUGAUUUCUA